UGUAGCCGUAGAGUCUAGACUAUGGAAAGAGUAUCAUUUCUCUUCUUGAACCCUAAACCCUCUGUACUUCCCUUAAACCCUGAAAAAUUCUCCUCUGUCUAGAUUUACCCCCAAAUUUCAACAAUGGCUUUCACUGCAAUUCUUCGAAGAUCUACAAGAAACGCUUUCCCUCUCGUUUCUCGUGUAAUCGGAACUCAAAUUCAAUCUUCCGCCGCCGUUAAACGUGCAGCCUUUUCUCCUCCUUUUGUCCGUCCUACAGUUUUCUAUUCUUCCCGCCAUUUCUCUUCGGAUGUUGCAGCUGCUCAUACUUCUGAUAACGAGCUUCUUGAAGUUCUUCAAAGUGAAAUUAGCAUUUUUGAGGAUUAUCAUGGUCAUGUUAAGACUGUAGAGCCUCCCAGCGGCUUCCCUUUCAAAAUCAAGGACAAUGUUGGAGAACAGAUCAUUACUCUAACAAGAGAAAACAAGGGUGAAACCAUAACAGUUGAAGUUUCAAUGCCGAGUCUCGUAACCGGUGACUACGAAGAAGAAUCAGGUAGCGAGGAUGGUGAGGAUGACGAGAAGUUAAGAACCUCCAGGCCCUCAACUGUACCACUUUUGGUAACUGUGCAAAAAAAGAAUGGACAAUCUCUGGAAUUUGAUUGCAUUGCUUAUGUUGAUGAAAUUGUUAUCGACAAUCUCGCACUCAAAAAUUCUGAAAUAAACGAACAAAUUGCAUACGAUGGCCCAAAUUUCAUAGAUUUGGAUGAAAAUCUGCAAAAGGCAUUCCACGAGUAUCUUGAGAGCAAGGGUAUCAAGCCAAGCAACACAAACUUUUUGCAUGAAUACAUGGUCGAGAAGGAUAACAAGGAGUAUCUUAGGUGGCUCAAAGACGUUAAGAAGUUCGUUGCAGCAUAAGUUUUGUCAUCAGCCUUCUUUGAUCAAGAAAUAGCCGAGUGAACUGUUUGUCGAGUUUUCGGGUAGCUCGAGGAUUUGUCGAGUUAUAAGUUGGGUCACCAGACCUCUUUGGUGAAGAAAUAGCUGAACGUACUUUCUCUGUAAGCAAGUUUUUGGUGGCAAUUUCAAAUUCAUUGUUGAUGAUAUUGAUAGUAGCUUUCCAAGCUUCUAGUGUUGAUGGAUGUUGCUACUUGCUACUGAUUACAGAGUACAGAGUGUAAACAGUAAACUAAUUGCCUUGAAAAGCUCAUUUCAUUUUUGGUUUCUCCCCUUAUUUCUUUCAUCAAAAAUCAAAAUAAGGUUAAUAAGUUUUUUUGGUUGUUUUGGCUGAA